AUGGGUCGCCAUGGACUUGGAGAAGCACGCAAUAACAACGGCGAGCGAUUAAUUGAUCUCUGCAUGGCCAACCGACUUUUCAUCGGCAGCAUGCGAUUCCCGCACAAGGACAUUCAUAAAUACACCUGGCAAGCACCAGACGGAGUAACACGUAACCAGAUCGACCACGUGCUAAUUGACAAGAAACACCUGAAGUCUCUUCUAGAUGUUCGAACAAUGCGUAGUGCGGACAUGUAUAACGACCAUAAGCUAGUCGUGGCAAAAAUACGCAUAAGAACAAUGAAUAUGAUAACAACAAGAACAAAACAAAAGAAAUUUAAUAUCGAAAAAUUCAAGAAUAAAGGCGAACGUCGGAACUUCUGUGAAACUGUAACAGCCAAAGUUAAUAUCAGUCCUACAAUAAGUGCGAAGGAAAAAUGGGAAUUAGUGCAAAAAGCAUACGUAGAAUCCGCAAAUGAAGUCAUCGGGAUCAAAAACAGUACCCGUAAAAUGUGGAUCACGAAUGAAACCUGGGAAUUAAUCGAACAAAGAAGAACAUUAAAUCAGCAACUAAACCAGGUCCGAAGUGAUGUAACCCUUGCAAGAUAUAACAACAUAGAAAAACAAAUUAAGAAAAUGGCAAGAAGAGAUCGUCGUAAAUUCGAAGAAAACAUCAUCAAUGACGCUGAAGUGGCGGCGGAACAAAAGGACGUGCGCAAAACAUACCAAUGUAUCAGGAGGAUCACCAGCCAUUUUACAAGCAUUCUACAAAUUAAGAACAGCGAUGGCCAUAUUCUCACUACGGAACAACAACAACUUAAUCGAUGG